UGUCAGCUGUUGCUUGGAAACCAAUAAACUUUGUUUAAAGAAACAAGAAGGAGGCCCUGUGAUCGUCUUUACUGAGCUACAAAGUGUCAGCAUGAAGGGUAAUGCUAAACGAGUCCGCAUGCCAAGGAAGAUCAAAGUGAGGCCGGCACCCACUGAAACCCUGAGAGCUGCAGAAACUGGAGCUGCCACAUUACAGGUUCACAACAGCCGAGACAAACCUUCAUCAGCACCAGUUGUACGUUCCUUGUCACCCAACAUCCUGCAAGAUACAGAUGAGGGUGAGUGUCGUGGAGAAGAUUCCUCAGAGGAGGGUCCACAGAUGUUCGAGGAGCUGUGUGAGCGGAUGUUAUGUGCACUGGGUCUUGUACAGACUAGUUUAUCAGAGGUCUUAGAUGUGAAGGAUGAGUUGGUUUCGCAGAAUGUGCCAAGUUCUAUACAAGCUCAGAUUUCUCUGUCUACUUCCAAGCUUUUUAGAAGUAUGUUGGACUUACAAGUCCCGAGCACCGAGCUUGUACGGUUGGUCCGUUUAUAUGGUCCUCAAUGGGAACAAAAACGUCAAAUCUUGAACCAGCUUCAAGGAGAACACGAGAGGCUCCAGCGACUCCUUUCCUUGGCCCUGCGACGGGUUCAGUUUUUGGAGACUCAGUUACAGCAUUUCAGAAACUGGGAAGGUUUUUCUGCCAAACUUUCGAGCACAGGGCACGCCGAUAUAUCACAGAUGUUACACAGAUUAGACCUGGAAAGGGCAGAUGGACACAUUGCAAAUGGCGAAAACAAGGAAGAAACUAAUGAAAACUCAUCAUUCACAGAGUUGCUUGAAGACACCUCACACAGGUACCAAAGAGGAACCAGUAACAUUCAUGAAGAGGGCUUACUACAAAUGGGGGAAACAUCUCGGAGAACGUGAUUUGUCGAAGUUUUCAUACAUCCACUCAGGGACGUUGCAAUAGUGAAACAAUAAAGUACUAUUCUCAGUAAUCAGGUGGUUUCAUUCUAGUGAGUUUGUGCACAGAGACUUUGGCUCUCUGUUUAUGGGUCUGUUGGAUCCUAAAUACACUAAGCAGGUUUAGUUUUUUGUAAAGACCGCCCAAGUGACAGGUCCUCUUGCAUGGUGGCUCCACAGUGGACAGAGUUACCUAAAUCUCUCCAUUCACCUGCCGACAUCUUUCUAUCUUUAGCUACUGGCAGACGAAGCCACCAGGAGCUGUGUUAACGUUAUGCUAAACCGUGCACCUACCAUAGUUUAUUCAUGCAGUAGUUUAUAUAUAUUGAAGCUAU